AUGAAAACAGCACAGCUACAACUUCUCUUUGUCACAAUGCUUCAGCAUUGUCAUCCUGCUUCACCUGGACUACUGUGGGAGUGCUUCAAGGCCCAUCUCUGUGAUGAUCUUUGUUGUCGUCUGCAAUGCCACUUCCCCAAUACAACACAGGGUGAUGUGCUUGACUAUGGCCUCUUC